AAAUAUUGCGAGUUAAUUGGAGAGGAAUAUAAAGAAGAAAUGAUUCAUUGGGAGGCAACAACUGUUAAUGAGUGGAGCGGAAGCCAAAAUACCUCCAUUGCUACCAAACUUAUGGCCCAUAAUGCGGAAAAUAGUACAGGCUUUAAUAAGUUUACUAAUAAAUAUGAUCCUGAAACUGAAUAUCCACAAAUUGUCUAUGAUGCUAUUGCUGAAAACAAACCGUACUAUGAUUAUUUAUAUCAGUUCAAGAUUUAA